CUGGUUUUGUUUCAACAGCCUAUGUGUACCUGUUCUUGUUCCGACUUCACGCCAUGGCCAAGUGGUGGGAGCUUCCAAUCCAUUGGAAGCGUGAACUGGCAGCUCCCAAGGCGAGCAAGGCACGCCUGGAAAGUGAGGCCAAAGGGCUCAGUAUUCAUUACCUGGCUGAAGACUUCCUAUCUCUCGUGGAAGAUGCAGGCUUGAGCAAAGAGAGCACCAUCAACGAUUUGGAGAAGGUGGUCCGUGCUCACAGUGCUAGCACUACUUGCCCCAGAGAUUCUUGUUUGGGUUCAGCCUUUGUUGACUCUGUGUUGGGUGAAAGCAAUGUGGGCGCCGCCACUCAUAUGUUGUCAUACACCUGGGCCUAUGCCAUCGGAGAGAUCGCCGAGAGCCUUCAAGAGUGGUCGAAGAGCUAUUUGUUGGAUCCGAAGCGUAGCUACAUUUGGAUGUGCUGGGCCUGUGUCAAUCAGCAUCGAGUUCAGGACAUGCGCCAGAGGGGUGAGUUCGUGCCCUUUGAGGAAUUCAGAAGUGUCUUUGAGGGUCGUGUCAGAAGUAUAGGCAAGAUAAUUGCCUUGAUGAUGCCUUGGCACGCUCCAGCAUACUUGGGGCGCUCUUGGUGUAUGCUGGAACUCCACACUGCAAUUCAAUUGGGCGCAGAAUGCGAGUUGACCAUUUUGAUGCCUCCCAAAGAAGAGGAACAGUGGACCUUGAGUCUCAUGACGGGAGACGGUUUCGGAAAGAUUUACACCACCCUGCGGGAAGCAUCCAUCAGCUCAGCCCGGGCAUGUGUAGCUGCAGACCAGUUGAACAUCAUGCGAUUGGUGGAUGAAGGUCAAGGCAGAGAAGCGUUUGAUUCUCAGGUGAAGAAGCACCUUGAGGGCUGGUUCCUUCAAUCUGCAAGCAAGCAUGUCCAAGGGCUCCCACUGAAGAUGCUGAAAGCCUGUUCGCAAGUUGGAAAGCUCUUGAGUGAUUUCUCCUACUUGGAUGAUGCUAUUUCAAUCCUCGACUUUGGUUUAUCGACCGAGACCAGCCUGAUCACCUGGUAUGCUCAGUCUCAAGCAUCAAGGGCGGCCAUGGCUAUUGAUGUUGGCAAUCUCUGGCAUGAACGAGGUUGGAUCGAGCACAAACGUGGCUUGCACCAAAGUGCCAUCGAGAUGUACACGAAAGGCUUGGAAGAACUCGAGAGAAUGGCCGCGUCACAAACCAUCGCAGGAUCGAAGCUGCUCCGUGGCCGAGCGAGAGCUUUUGUCCGUGAUGAGCCGGAUGAACUUUUUUCCGAUGAGCCACCCCCAUCUGUGGCUGACCUAGAGAAGGCUUACAAAGAUAUGCAAGCGUCGCUCCAUAUCUUGCAGAGCCAUGGCUUGGAAGCGACGGAAGAUGGUGCAAAGAUGUACAACAAUCUAGGUCUCUUGCAUUCGUUACGUGCAGAUUUUGAGGUAUCCACGAGGAUGUUUGAAGCAGCUGGUCGCAUUCGAGACAUCACAAAGACUUUGCAGACACCAAUGAAUGCUCGCCGCCUCUACAACUUCGGGAGCAUGCGCUUGAAAAACGGACGCAUGACACGUGAGCAAGAUGUGGCUGCUUCCCAUUUUGCAGAGGCAAAGAAGCUCUUGCAGGAAGCACUCAGCAUAUUGAAAAAGUACGAAAUUAAAGAUGAUCUAUUUGCAAGAUGUCACCGCAAGCUUGAUUGGAUCUCCUCACUGGCCACUCUGAAAUCGGGACAUAGGAUCAGCCUUUGAAGAGUGUUGUGAUGUUCAUCAACCACCAAUCACCUUUGGUGGUCACAAGUUUCAAACCAAUCAGGUGCAUGAAAAUUAAGGUCUUUAAGCUCCAGAGGCUGAGAAAUCCCUCGUGCAGAUUUAGACGCCUGAAGAUUUUCAUCGAAAUCCGUAGGAUUUGGAGCCUGACACGACUUCUUCACGAGGAUUUGGAGCAGGUUUUGCAUAGUUCAGCCAUUAGGUGGCCGCCUCACAGAAGAGGCAUCACUCUUUGUAAAGUCACUUGGCAUCGCUCUUUUCCCACUCAGACUCAUGGUGUGGUCAAGAAAUCUCUCUUUCCCCCCUGCAGCGACAGCUUGGGGUCUGCGCAAAAGGAUCGGAA